AAAUUAAUAUGUCAAUGUGGUGUGUUCCACCAAAAAAAAAUUUAAAAAAAAUCUCCACAUAUAAUAAUCAUCAUGGAUAGUAGUUCUUCUUCAUCUUCUUCUAAAGGAAAAAAAGUGAUACAAUUAGAGAAAGAAAAUAGCAAGGAUAGUAAUGAUUUGAUCAAAUAUCGAGGCGUUCGUAAACGUACGUGGGGUAAAUUUGCAGCGGAGAUACGUGACCCAACGAGACAAGGGGCUCGUCAAUGGCUAGGGACGUUUGAUACGGCCGAGGACGCGGCUAGGGCUUAUGAUAAGGCAGCAUUUAACCUAAGGGGACAUCUUGCUACUUUGAAUUUUCCAAAUGAGUAUUACUCUAAGCUUAACGAUCCACAUUAUUAUAAUUAUCGUACAUCAUUAAAUGUUAAUAUUCCAAGUAGAAGUUUAGAGAGGGGAAUUUCAUCAAUUGGUCAUCAAGACAAAGAGAUUAUUGAGUUUGAGUAUCUUGAUGAUAGUGUUUUAGAGGAACUUCUUGGAGCAGAAGACCCAAAAAAGAUCAUAAGAAAGUGAGGUUAAGUUUUGUAAUUUUUAAAUUUUUAAGUUUAAUAUUUCUCGUGUGUCAGAUGAACCUUUAUAUUACUGGAGAAAAGGAAUAGCGAUGAAUUCCUAUAUAGAGUAUAUAGGAAAAAAGCUUCGAGUUUCUCCUCGUCUUUGUUUUCUUCUUAUUCAUCAUCGUUGUCGUUUUUAAUUUCCUUUUAUAAACAUAUUUGUUAUUAAGAA